UGCCACAAUGCCACGUCAACAGUGCCCCGCCACCAUGACGGGCUCAGUUCUGGGCAUGCCAGGCCAACUAGCAAAUGAGUCCAUUGCCGAGUACCGACAGCGUUUCGAAACUCAGUUCGCACUAAUCGCGGCUGAGGAACAGCACCAGCUGGCAGCCGAGGCUCUCCGUCUACACGCUGAAGCGGCGGCAACAGCUGAGAAGCAGCGGCUUCAGGCCGAAGCAGACGCAGAUACCCAAGCACGCCGCAAGGAAGCCCAGGAUCUGUUGCAGCGACAUGAAACCACCAGCAUUGAAAGGCUCAAGUUUUGGCACGUCGAACCAUCCAAGGAGCACGAUGACGCAACACCGGAGGAUUGUAACCACCUGCAGUCCGAGCUGGCGAAUCUUCAGCGGGCCGUGCAGACCCACAAGGCUCAGCACGAGGAUGCAGCACGAGCACUUGAUUCCCGUGCACAGGACUUGGAGCAAACUGCACCAAGACCGGAGGCUGGCGAGUCCAGCAAUGCACCCUCGGCCCACCAACUGGAGGCACGCGUCGAUCACGUAGUGGCAAUGCUAGGUGAUAUUAGCACCUUCGCAGCGCCAGCCACCAUCAGCCAACAGCUGGACACACUGAAGACCGAGAUCAGGCAGCGACAACAGCCGUCUGACCCCGAUCGCAGCACCACCACGGCGAAGCAUUACAAGAUGCCGACGUUCCGGAUCGAGAAGUUUGAUGAUUACACACAUCAAGACCCGGUCGUCUGGUGGCAAGGAUUCACAACGGAGUUGGGGAUUCAUGAGGUCCCCAAACAUCUGUUCAUCGACGUGCUGUUCCUUAACGCCAAGGGAGGAUGCCAGAUCUGGCUCAACCAUAUGGCAACCGUCCACGGCGUCCAGGUCUUCGACCUACACAAGGAUUACUUGCACACUGCAGUACCAACUCCGUUGAUGGACGCUGGAGUAGAGGUUGUCGACCUUCACGCCUACAUUGAGAAGAUCGACUGCGAGUUCAAGACACAACGCCGGAGUUUGGACGAGCAUGUGGAACACCUGCGCACCGUUUUGGAGCGGCUACGACAAGCCAAGUACAAACCCAACCGCGACAAAUGCGAAUUCGCGCGGCAGGAGCUGGAGUACUUGGGACAUUUUGUGACGCCGCAAGGCAUCCGUCCGCUUGCGGACAAGAUCGAGACCCUCCGCGUAUGGCCCGAGCCCACCAACACCACGAACGUUCGUUUAUUCAUGGGGUUGGCGGGUUACUAUCAGCGAUUCAUCACCGGGUACUCAAGGAUUGCUGCACCUAUGACGAGAUUACAAUCGCCAAAGGUGCCAUUCGUAUUCGAUGACGACGCACGCUGGUCAUUCCAAGCACUUAAGACGACCAUGCUCAUGGCACCCGUCCUUAGCAUCUAUUACCCCACCCUGCCUACGAGAGUGACAACUGACGCUUCCGGCUAUGGCAUUGGGGCAGUCUUGGAACAACACGAUGACGACGACUGGCACCCUGUGGAGUAUUUCAGCCACAAAGUGCCUCCCAUCAACUCGCUUGAUGACGCAAGGAAGAAGGAGCUGCUCGCGUUCGUGAUGAUUCUCAAGCGAUGGCGGCACUUCCUCCUUGGGCGUCUUUGCCGACGAAGCAAGCCCCGCAAUCGCAAUCCCUACGGCGAGUUGCGCCCGAUGCCUAUCCCACAGGAACCCGGCCUCUCCAUUGCCAUGGAUGUCACCGGACCAUUUCCCUGCGAUUGCCUCGGGCACGACGACAUCCUCACGGUUGUGGGCCGUUUGAGUAAAUAUGCGCGUUUUCUCCCUUGCAAGUACUACUCCACGACUCCCGAGCUGGCACACCUCUUGCACACCUGUUGGAUUUGUGGCCACGGUGUUCCGGAAGACAUAGUCAGCGGCCGCGACACUCGCUUCAUGUCGGCAUUUUGGACUGCUCUCAUGCAGGAGUUCGAUACGAAGAUGAAACCAAGUUCGGCUCGACAUCCACAGACGGACGAGCAAACACAUCAAACCACUCAAAUGAUGCUUCGUACGCUCAUCCGUCCGGACCAGAAAGAUUGGGUUGACCGCCUCCCCGACAUCGAGUUCGCCUACAACACUUCGGUGCACCCGGCGAUUGGCGUGACUCCAUUUGAGUUGCACCACGGUGGACGGAAAGGUUGUAUCUUCGCCGACCUUCUCCUCCCACGACCAGCCGAUAUCGACGCCGCUUGCUCUCCCGCUUCCGUCUGGAAGUACAGGGAAUUGCUGGCUCAAGCCCGCGCGAAUAUGCAAAAGGCUCAAGUCCGCAUGCAGCAGCAAGCCAACAGGCGUCGCGUGCCAUGUCCCAUCCGCGCCGGUGAUCUGGUUUGGGUAUCCACGGAAGAGUUUGCACUAGAACAGGAUGUUUCACGCAAACUGCUUCCCAAGUGGUUUGGACCAUGGCCCGUAACAUCAGGCACAGGCGAUGAGCCCAAUGACCCUUCAUUUGUGAUCAACAUCCCUGCGCAUCUGACGGUCCAUCCAGUCUUUCACGCCUCGAAGCUGGCAACAUAUACACCAGCUAAGAGCGAUGACUUCCCAGGCCAACGAUUGCAGGACCCUCCAUCUAUGGAUGGUCAUCAGGAAGUUGACCGCGYCAUCACGGAUCGCAAGUACGGCAGCAAGCCUCGCCAGUACAAAGUUACAUUCAGAGCAUGCGAUCCCGACGACACUCGGUGGAUUUCAGGAACAGAUUUGAAAGCAUCCGCACCGCAGAUCUACGCUCACUACGAGCGACAAAGGUUAGCUCAGGGAGCUUCACGACCUGCCCCUCCCACCCGGACUGUGGUCCCUCCCUCAGACAGACAGCUUCACCCUCGCAGGUAAGCUCGGUCUUUCAAGGAGGGGGGGGUGUGGCAUACUGCGUAGCCACACGGGCCUGCAGGGCCCAUCCUGCAUUCUCAGCCUAAAAGCCUAGAAAUAAGGGCUUACAGGCCCCUGUCGUUUCAGCCUAAAAACU